UUCUUGGCCCAUGAUGGAAAACAUUUCUGCCUUCACCGUCACGCCGCAGCGGAUGGACGCAGAUCCGUGAAGAAUGGGACGCGUUAUUGUUUCCAAUGCAUUGUUUUGCACGUAAAGAAAGUGCUUUUUAUGUUUUAGCAAAAAAUUAUUCGAUGAUUUGACUUCGUCUUUGCCAAAUAUGUCGGCCGCAGAGGAUGCACAGAAGCCGGAGCAGCUGAAUAAAUUUGAGAAACUGUCAGGGAGUCCUCCUCUCCGAGUGGCAGGCUCUAAGAAGAAAGCUCGCUGGCUUCAGGCUCGACGAAUCCUCGCUCAACCUUGCUCCAGCCUGCGGAUCCCUAACAGGUUUUUAAGAGAAGGUCACAGAGCCCCUCCGGCACGGAGUGGACACCGCUGCGUCGCCGACAGCACCAAUUUAUACGUGUUCGGCGGCUACAACCCGGACUUCGAUGAGUCGGGUGGCUCGGAGAACGAGGAUUACCCUCUUUUCCGGGAACUCUGGAGGUAUCACUUUGCAACAGGGACGUGGCAGCAGAUCCGCACAGAGGGCUAUAUGCCUACAGAGUUGGCCUCCAUGUCAGCUGUUUUGCACGGUAACAACCUGCUUGUGUUUGGCGGCACUGGAAUCCCCUUUGGAGAAAACAAUGGGAACGACGUUCACGUAUGCAACGUCAAAUACAAGAGGUGGUCGCUGCUCAACUGCAGAGGGAAGAAACCCAACCGAAUAUAUGGACAGGCGAUGGCCAUCAUAAAUGGCUUCCUGUAUGUGUUUGGAGGAACGACAGGCUACAUUUACAGCACAGAUCUUCACAGACUGGACCUCACCACACGCGAGUGGAUUCACCUCAAACCAAACAACCCUCCGGAUGACCUGCCUGAGGAGCGGUACAGACAUGAGAUAGCACAUGAUGGACAGAGGAUAUACAUCCUAGGAGGAGGAACCUCUUGGACAUCCUACCCUUUAGACAAGGUUCAUGCGUAUAAUCUUGAAACAAAUUCGUGGGAGGAGAUCACAACGAAGCCUCAUGAAAGAAUAGGAUACCCAGCUCCCAGGAGAUGUCAUAGUUGUGUCCAGAUAAAAAAUGAUGUAUUUAUAUGCGGAGGCUAUAACGGCGAAUUAAUCCUGGAUGAUUUGUGGAAGAUCAACCUGCAGACAUUCCAGUGGACUAAACUACCUGCAGUGAUGCCCGAGCCGGCGUAUUUCCACUGUGCUGCUGUCACACCGGCCGGCUGCAUGUACAUCCACGGAGGCGUGGUGAACAUCCACGAGAACAAGAGGACUGGCUCUCUGUUUAAGAUCUGGCUGGUGGUGCCGAGUCUGCUGGAGCUCUGCUGGGAAAAACUGCUGAAAUCUUUCCCUCAUCUGGCUCAGCUCUCAACCAUGCAGCUACUUAACCUGGGCCUCACACAGGAACUCAUUGAACGCUUAAAAUGAGGAUUAUCAGCAACGUGUGUGCGUGUGUGUGUGUGCACACGUGAUCGAUUUUGGAAUGGAGGACAGAUGACACACUUGAGCCAGUGUCUGAAGAUAAGGAAUAUAGGAUUGAUUUUUGAAAUUUCUUUUCCUUCUCCUUCUGGAAUAUAUCCUUAUAAUGUAGCCUGCCUUAAAACCAAAAACUUUGGGAUGGCCUUUUUUUCUUUUCCGUUGUACUUUUAAUUAUUUAAGAUAUCAAGGAGAAAGUGGUCUUUCAGGCUCCCCCUCUCAACUUUCCGUUUCUUUUGGCCUUCGCUGACUGUGGAUGAGAGAAACUCAGAUUGCCUUCGGAUAAUUGAGAGAUGCAGCUGAAGGAAGUUUUAUUUCUGCUAUAACUAAGAAAACUUAGUUAUACAGAAAGAAAACUUCUCAAAACUGAAUGUGCAAUGCCAAGCUGGUUUGCGUAGCAUAGCAGAUAAUUACUAUGCUGAUUAGGCUAGCUAAUGUUAUGUGAAUAUUGUUCAUCAGCAAUCACACAAACAGUGCUCUGAAGUCUGUUCUUUUUUCCUUGGGUUAAUUUAUUUCUACACACAAAAAAAUUUCAUCCUCCUUGGGAUCAGGUGUAUUUUCCGUUAUUUUCCGUUGAUUUGUCUCAUCCACAUCUUUAUUCACUGUGAAUAAGGUGCUCUUUAAUUUACUUUUAAUGCUUUUAUUGUAAUAAAACACUUUUUUUUUUUCUCUGCCAAAACUGCACUCCCCUUAUAUAGACCCUUAAAUUAUGACAUUAGAUAGUUAAACUGAUUCAGUGCCUUUUCAAGGAAUAACUAAAAUGUGCUAUAUUUCAUUCUCGACAGUGUCAAUAACACGUCUUGGAGGAAGCACUUUAUAAUUUCAGCAUUGAAUUCUUUAAAAUAUUUAGGGUUAGACAUGAAUAACCCUGACUCUAAACCUAUUAAACAAACCUAAUUUCUAUUUUCUUUUUUGUAAGAUACAUACUUAGAGCGCAUGGACGACACUAAAUGACCGUUGAUCUGGACGUAUUUCACACUUAUCAAAGCAAAGCUGCUCUCUGAAAAUAUCAAGAGGAGGAAGUACAGCAUCUUCCUACAAUACAAAUCACCUGAUAAAACAUCUUGUGGUGUAUAAACAGUAUCUUUAAUAGAGAGAACGAGGACCACAUCCAAUCUGAGUGCUUAGCACAAGUAAGGUGGGCGUGGUCGUUAAAAAUAAGUGCAGUGCAAAAGGUAUUUGUGAAUGUGAAGAGAAAAUGUGGAGAAAAGGUGACACACAGAGCGCGAGAGAGAGAGCGCGCGAGAGAGAAAGCAAGCACUUCCCUUCUGCGAGCACUGAGCACUAAGACAUGCGUCCUACUAAAGCUACUGUUUAAGCGUCGUAACGUGUUAAACCUAAAACUCAGCAUGAGGAGUUCAUUGCUAGCAGCACACGGCAGCAACCAACAGAGCGAAAUAAAAUGUUCCGUGACGUCCCUGAUUGAUUAAUACCAAGUAGGUUAAUCAGUUCAGUAUAAGUAUCAGGAUCGGUAUUGAUGAGUAACAAAAAACAUGCACUCAAGCUCUGUCUGGAAAAAUGUCAUUGAUGCAUCUCUAAUCUCUGUAAGAGAUGCAUCAAUGACCUUCAUUUCAAGUUAGUAAUAUGUUUAAAUAAACAAAUAUGUCAACUAUUUUGAUAUUACGCUCUAAGUAGAACCUGAGCCUGUCAUUGACCUUAAUUUCAACUCUGUUGCCUUUAAUACUUACUUUUAAAUGCUGAAGUAAUUAGGCACUUAUUCACAAUAGCCACGAUAUAAAACUAUUUGUACGGUCUGUCUUUAAUUAGUGCUAGAGCCACACACACUGAAAAUAGCUGCCCCUCCCACCCUUUGUUUCCCCUUUUAUUUCUCUCUGCAUGAUUGAUGAAUGAAUUUUGAGUAUGAAGGGCCCCACUGGAGUCUGCUCCUUGAUGAUGUGGUUUUAAGGCAGUUAUCAAAUACCUGUAUUUGUGUUCCUCACAGGAAAUCAAUAAAUAUAUUGAUUGAAUAA